AUGGACGAGGUCCCCCUCACGGAAGGGAACUCGAGUCAAAACUUAAAAAUAGGCUCCAAGCUUCCGGAAAGUUUGAGAAGGAGACUGAUCGAUUUCUUAAGAUCCAACUCCGAUUUCUUUGCCUGGCCUCACGAAGACAUGCCUGGAAUUGAUCCCGAUGUUAUCAUGCAUCAACUCAAGGUGGAUCCAAUGCAUCCUCCUGUCAGACAAGAGAUGAGAAAAUUCACUCCUGAAAGGGAUGAGAUAAUCAACGAAGAGAUGGCAUCCUCAGCUUUCGGUAACCAAGCAUCUGAUGUGGAAAUGCAAUUUGACGAGCAAGAGUACCAAGAGACAUUUACGGAUGCAAAUGCAACAUCUGGAGCAUCCUCUCAGGCGCAGAAGGUGAAGAAGAUGGUUGUGCCGAGGUCUACUGUGUGGGAGCAUUUCACCCGAAACAAGGAGAAUCGAAACAAGUGCGUCUGUCACCAUUGUGAGAAGAUCUUUUCAUGUGCAUCCAAGUCAGGAACUUCCAACCUGAAGCAGCAUCUGCAAAUUUGCAAAGAACACAUAGCAUGGUUAACUUCUCAGAAAAAGAAUCAACAGCACAUUGGACCUGGUGGCAACCUGAAGGCAUCCAAACUGACUGAAGCGGUUUUCAAAGAAGCUUGCAACGAGCUGGUUGUGUUAGCAGAAUUGCCACUUUCGUUCAUUGAAAGCACUGCUUUUAGGCACUUCUGCGACAAGGUUUUGCCUUUCAAGCCGCACUCAAGAAGGACUUUGACAAGGAACAUUGUGGAGAUGUUUGUGAAAAAGAAGGCAGCGCUGAAGAACACUCUCAUCACGAGUAAACAAAGAGUCUCUCUUACCACUGACAUUUGGGUAUCUCAAAUGACAGGUGCAAGUUAUAUGGUUAUCACUGCACACUUCAUUGACGAUAAGUGGCAGCUGAAGAAGUUGAUCAUUGGCUUCAAGUAUGUCAUGGAUCACAAAGGUCAGACUAUCUCUACUGUUCUUCUAGAGUGUUUAGCCGACUGGGGUCUUUAG